AUGGACUCUGGGCAUCACAGGCGAGAGGGUCCAAAACAAGAGUUUAUGAUCUAUGAAGAUCCCUUUCCAUCCGUGAUCUCUUCCAACAUAACUUUCACCCGUGUGACGGAGUUCAUCAUUUUUGGAUUCCCUAGCCUCCAGAAAUAUCCGAUUUUGCUUUUUUUUGUAUUUCUUAGUAUCUACCUCUUCACCGUGUCUGGCAAUGGCAUUAUAUUUGCCUUGGUCCUUCUUGACAAGCACCUCCAUACCCCAAUGUACUUCUUUGUGGGUAAUCUCUCCUUCCUAGACAUGAGCUACACCUCGGUAACCAUCCCGAAGAUGUUGGCCAAGUUCCUGUUCAAUCUGGACACUAUUUCCUACACCGCCUGCUUUGCACAGAUGUAUGUUUUCCUGUCGUUGACAGCAACUGAGUGUUUACUCCUGACGGUAAUGGCCUAUGACCGCUACAUAGCAAUAUGCUCACCGUUGCACUACCCAAAUAUCAUGACAAGACGAUUGUAUGUAGCACUGUCAGCAGUAGCCUGGUUGGGAGGCUUUUUGACGAUACUCAUAGUUCUUUUCCUAGCUUUGAAGUUGCCUUUUUGUGGUCCCAAUAUCAUCCACCAUUACUACUGUGAUCAUCCUCCAUUGCUCCAGUUGGCUUGUGCCGACACAUCCUUCAACGUAGCUGUGGGGUCUUCCAUUGGUGCCUUUAUCAUUUUGAUAAGCUUUACAUUAGUUGCCAUAUCUUAUGUUAAGAUUAUAAUAGCGAUCCUCAAAAUCAGUUCCCAUGCUGGCCGCAAGAAAACAUUUUCUACCUGCGCCUCCCAUUUUGCAGUGGUGAAUAUAUUUUUCCUGCCCCUCAUCUUCAUGUACAUUCGUCCAACAGCCUCCUACUCAUCCGACGUGGACUCUUUGGUGGCCAUGUUAUACACAGUAUUAACCCCCAUGAUGAAUCCCAUUAUAUACAGCCUGAGGAACAAGGACAUCAAAGUGGCUUUCCAGAAGAAAAUAAGCUGCAGUUGUGCUAUCUAUAACUGGAUAGAAUCUAUUUAA